CGCGUGGCCUUUUCUCCGUCCUGCAGAUCAGGAGCUUCGAAAUGUCAUCGACAAGCUGGCUCAGUUCGUGGCUCGGAACGGGCCGGAGUUUGAGAAGAUGACGAUGGAGAAGCAGAAGGACAACCCCAAAUUCUCUUUCCUGUUCGGAGGCGAAUUCUACAGUUACUACAAGUACAAACUGGCGUUGGAGCAGCAGCAGCUUAUCUGCAAACAGCAGGCGCCCGAGCUGGAGCCGGCCGCAGCCCUGCCGCCUUCUCAGCCCCCGCUGGCCCCGGCCGCGCCCAUCCCGCCGACCCAGGGCACCCCGUCCAUGGACGAGCUGAUCCAGCAGAGCCAGUGGAACCUGCAGCAGCAGGAGCAGCACCUGCUGGCCCUCAGACAGGAGCAGGUGACGGCGGCCCUGGCCCACGCGGUGGAGCAGCAGAUGCAGAAGCUCUUGGAGGAAACGCAGCUGGACAUGACUGAGUUCGACAACCUGCUGCAGCCCAUCAUCGACACCUGCACCAAGGACGCCAUCUCGGCCGGGAAGAACUGGAUGUUCAGCAACGCCAAGUCGCCGCCGCACUGCGAGCUGAUGGCGGGCCACCUGCGCAACCGCAUCACGGCCGAGGGGGCGCACUUCGAGCUGCGGCUGCACCUCAUCUACCUGAUCAAUGACGUGCUACACCACUGCCAGCGCAAGCAGGCCAGGGAGCUGCUGGCGGCCCUGCAGAAGGUGGUGGUGCCCAUCUACUGCACCAGCUUCUUGGCAGUGGAGGAGGACAAGCAGCAGAAGAUCGAGCGGCUCCUGCAGCUCUGGGAGAAGAACGGCUACUUCGACGACUCCAUCAUCCAGCAGCUGCAGAGCCCGGCCCUGGGGCUCGGCCAGUACCAGGCCACUCUCAUCAUCGAGUACUCGUCGGUGGUGCAGCCGGUGCAGCUGGCCUUCCAGCAGCAGAUCCAGAACCUCAAGACCCAGCACGAGGAGUUCGUCAACAGCCUGGCCCAGCAGCAGCAGCAGCAGCAGCAGCCAGCAGACGCGGGUAGGCCUGCUCUGGGUCAGGGGGCGCCCCCUGCUGGCUGGCCUGUUCUAAACCACUUGUGCUUGGGUUCAGAUGACAACAAGCCUCCCAUCCAAAUGCCUGGCUCUUCGGAGUACGACGCCGCAGGAGGGGUCCAGGAGUCUGCAGCCGCAGGCCCCCGGGGUCCUGGGCCCCACGACCAGAUUCCACCUAACAAGCCCCCAUGGUUUGACCAGCCUCACCCUGUUGCUCCUUGGGGCCAACAGCAGCCUCCAGAACAGCCCCCCUACCCGCACCACCAGGGCGGGCCGCCCCACUGCCCCCCCUGGAACAACAGCCACGAGGGCAUGUGGGGAGACAUGCAGCGGCCGCCACACUUCCGCGGGCCCUUCCCGCCCCACCAGCAGCACCCGCAGUUCAACCAGCCGCCGCACCCCCACGGCUUCAACCGCUUCCCGCCCCGCUUCAUGCAGGACGACUUCCCCCCGCGGCACCCCUUCGAGCGGCCGCCCUACCCUCACCGCUUCGACUACCCCCAGGGGGACUUCCCUGCCGAGAUGGGUCCCCCUCACCACCACCCUGGCCACCGCAUGCCUCACCCUGGCAUCAACGAGCACCCGCCCUGGGCUGGGCCCCAGCACCCCGACUUCGGCCCUCCACCCCACGGCUUCAACGGCCAGCCCCCCCACAUGCGGCGGCAGGGCCCUCCCCACAUCAACCAUGACGAUCCCAGCCUGGUCCCCAACGUACCCUACUUCGACCUCCCUGCUGGGCUGAUGGCCCCCCUCGUGAAGCUGGAAGACCACGAGUACAAGCCUCUGGACCCCAAGGACAUCCGCCUCCCGCCCCCCAUGCCGCCCAGCGAGAGGCUGCUGGCCGCUGUGGAGGCCUUCUACAGCCCCCCGUCCCACGACAGGCCCAGGAACAGCGAAGGCUGGGAGCAGAACGGCCUGUACGAGUUCUUCCGAGCCAAGAUGCGGGCCUGGCGGAGGAAAGGCCAGGAGAAGAGGAACAGCGGCCCCUCCAGGUCCCGGAGCAGAUCCAAAAGCCGAGGGCGCUCGUCCUCCCGCUCCAACUCGAGGUCCUCCAAGUCGUCCUGCUCCUUCUCGAGGUCGCGCUCCUGCUCGCGCUCCUACUCCCGCUCCAGGUCCAGUCCCCCGGUGCUCUGCUGUCCUGGACGCGGGCGGCCCGGAGACCCCUGCCCCCACAGCGGCACCCUGUUAGGGGUCACCCUAAAGCCCGGCAGUAGCUGGGCGGUGCUGUCGUUGGGGGGUGACCUGGGGGGUGCUCGUCCUCUCCGGGCGAGGCGGUCGGGCACAGAGCGGCCGGGGCCCUCGCUUCCCCACACUCGGAUCGUGGUCUCGAACCCCGUCACCCGCCCUCGUUUCAGCUCCUCAGCUGGUCUGGGUUCUAACUCGGCCCCUCCUGUUCCUGACUCGAGGCUGGGGGAGGAGAACAAAGGACAUCAGAUGCUCGUGAAGAUGGGCUGGAGCGGCUCCGGGGGUCUCGGGGCGAAGGAACAAGGGAUCCAGGACCCCAUCAAGGGCGGGGACGUGCGGGACAAGUGGGACCAGUACAAGGGCGUGGGCGUGGCGCUGGACGACCCCUACGAGAACUACCGCAGGAACAAGAGCUACUCCUUCAUCGCGCGCAUGAAGGCCCGGGAGGAGUUCUCCACGCGCGGGGAGCGCCAGGAAGAGAAGGAAGACUGACGCGCCGCGAGGGCGAGGGCGGGCCAGGCCCGAGCCCCUCUUACAGCCAAGCAGGAAACGGGACCCUCGGCCCCGGCAGACUCGGCCUCCUCCCUGCGUCACAUGCCGUCGCCAGAGGCGUGGGAUGCCCCACGCAGACACUAGGGGUGGCACCCCUCGCCCGUGUGGGCCAGCCCCGCGUGGCUCCCUCCAGCAGGCCAGAGGGGAGAGCCACAGCGGGUGCCAGAAAACAGAGAAACCAACUCCGGACUUGCAGAAGUUCGGGACGUUUUUUUUUAUUACUAUUAUUACUUUACUCCAAUUGGUUUAGUUUUAGAAAACAAUACUGACGGAAGGCGAUCCCCAGGGAGAUCAUCUGAAACCCAACCCCUUGCCGAUGUACCGGCCCUUAGUUUGGUUCAGUUGUAUACUUUUUUUUUUUUUUGGUCAGAUGUUAGCCAUUUGGUAUCGGGAGACACAAAGGUUCUAGGAAGGCGGGUCUAAGGCAUCGAAAAGGCCCAGGUCGGUGCCCGUGGGGGAUCUGUACUCGGGCAUCUCUGCCCUUGUGUCCUGAGCGCAGAUCCACCGGGUGGCACUCGGCCACCCGCCCCGCCACCUAGGGGGUGAGGCCGGGAGGGGAGCCCUCUGCCGGAUGCCACUAAGUGACUGGGGCACCUCGCCAGGCUGAGCCACACCCGGAGUCCCGGGCAGCCUGCUGGGUGCGAUGCCCUUUCUUUGUACAGAAACAUUUUUGAAAAUAAUAAUAAUAAAGCAAAAGUUCUUUUUCCAUAAGAUCCAAACCCUCCCGAUGUUUGACCCCGAUGCAGCCUUUGAUUUCGUUCUCGAUUUCCUGUAGCUGUGACUUGUCCCCUCGUGUCUGAUUCAGGAUAAAAUGUAAACACGUGCUGUUAACACUUUCUUGUGGAUUUUACUGUUUUGCUUUCAAAUAAAGACUUUUUUUAAAGA